AUGGCCGCGGCCGGACAGGACAAUGGACAAGACCUGUUUUGCCUCUCGAGGAUAGACCUGACUGUGGUGGCAUCCUCCUAUGUGAAGUGGGCAGAGAGCGGGAAGAAGGCUGACAAGCAGGACACGGUGAUAAAUGAGGUUGUGAAGCAGCUGGUAGAAAAGGAUGUGAGUCUGGUGGCCCGGCAUCCGUUCCUCAGAGAGGUGGUCUCCAGCACAUUUGAUGCCAUGCUGGCCUCAAAAAAGGGCCAAUGGUCUGGAUUUGACGUUGUUGACAAGCUCUACCAUGACAACAUCCAUAAGCAGCUUCCAAUGGUAUGGGCAAAGGUUUACCCAGAGAAGCCGGUUCCGGACACAUGGAAUAAGUACUUGCACAUCCAUUCGAUGGCCCAGAAGAUUGUCUGGGAUGGCCUCUCUCCCAUCCAGAAGGCAGAAUGCAGUGCACUUGCUGUGGUGUGGAACACUGUUUCUCCUCCAGCAAGUGUUCUAGAUAUAGAAUAUACACGCUGGUUCACUGCCAAGCUUGCCAAGUUUCUGGCAGGCAUACGUUGGGACUUUGGCAUCCAUGGUUCUUUCAUUUGGGGGCAUGUCCAUGCUGAUGGUGAACCAAGUUUUAGAUGCUCCGACACCAACUCUUCUGAGUUACACCUUUUGGCCUGGCUCAGGGAGAUGGGUGCUGACAAACGGUAUGAAGUCAUACAAUCAUUUGCCAAGUUUUACAGAGCCAACUACUGCCCUGAUAAGACCACCAAGGGAUCUGACAAGAACAAGGUGCCGGAAAUAACCAAGGAUGUGACUGGUUAUCCUAUUAUGCUGGAUGUUACUGGGCUGACCUCCAAGCCCUUGACAACUGUCUUUCGGGAGUUCCUAUUGGCAGUCCUCCACCUGGCAUUGCCAGUCUACCGGCACAAGACUGCGAAGGUUCCCUGGGGCCUUCUCUUGAAGAAAGAGAGGGAAGCAUUUACCGUUGAUUCACACUUUCCGGAGGGCGACUGGAUUGCUAUCUUUGAGCCAUCCAAGAUGGGAGAUGAUCAUAUUGCGGUCUUGUGCAAGUACUGGCAUACCAAGCAGCACACUGACAAGCCAUCUGGUGCAACCAUUCCGGAGGGCACUGAGGUCACUAUGGUUCCGGCGUCAACCAUACAAGAUGGAGAUGGGGAUGAUGACUUUUUCUCCUGCAUAACAAACCCACCGGUGCCUCACCCAUCUACGAGACACCGGAUUGGCUCUCCGGAGAAGGAGGAAGGUACUGGAUCAGAGCAUGUGGAUGAUGGAAUGGUGGCAGGCACUGAUGCCGACUUUGAUUUUGCACUGGAGCUUGACCUUGGUCUCAACUCUGAAAGUGAAGAUGGCCUGCCUGCACCUGAGGUCAUUGACAAAACACAGUCCAAUAAAUCUCAGGUGCCGGUGGUCAGCAUAUCAGUCUCUGAUACCAGCAUCCAACCUACUCAAGCACCAGCACCAGCACCAGCACCGGCACCGGCACCACCCCACAAGCCCAAGCCCAAGCCCACUCAAAAGCAAAAGGAGGAACACUCUGAUGAGCAGGCUCCUAGUAGCAGUGCAAGCAAGCAAAUCCGGAAGGCCAGCAAUGACACUGCAGGUGCCAAGGCUCAGAGAUGCCCAGAGCCGGAUUCAGACAUAGACACCGACUCUGGUAAGGACUCUGAUGUGGACUCUGGAAGUGAAGCACCAGAGCCUCCGGCCCACCCGCAGUGCAAACAACACUGGGCGGGUCACUCGUAG